AUGGCCGCAUCCAUCUAUGCCACACCACCGCCCGAUCUGAGCAGCGAGGAUACGGCGCUCUCCGAUGUCUCCAAUUCAUCCAGCAGCAAUACCAAUCGCAAUGCCAACAACCUCAACAACAACAACAUAUUGGAAGCCACAGCAGCAGCAGCAGCAGCAGCUGCAGCAGCAACCACAACAGCAACAACAUCCACAACAGACUGCAAGCUGCCGCUGGGAAGCAACAAAAAUGUGGCAGACAGUGAAGCAGCAGCGGAUACAACAACAGCAGCAACAACGGGAGCAGCAGCAACAGACGAAGCAGUGGGCGGCGGCGAGGAGCAAACAGCAAUGGCUGCCAUGGCUGCCAGCAUGCAGUUGCAGCUGCUGGAAGCGCUCAGCGAUGCAGCCAAAAAGCGACGCAAGCAACACAAUCCAAGUCGCCACGAAGCGCUGAAUCUAAGCUCAGGCCCAGAGCAAAGCGAACAGCAGCAGCAACAGCAACAGUCGAGCGUAGACUACGAAGAGAAGCUUUCAAAAAUGCUGCUGCCCAAGUCCAUAGAGCAGCUGAAGGAAACAUUUGAGCUGUUGCAGCAGCAGCAGCAGCAACAGUUGCAGUCAGCCAGCGACAACAACAUAUCAGCAACAGCAGCGGACCAAAUGAUGAAUCCCUAUCACACUUAUUGCAAGCAGUGCGGUGAGAAUUUUGAAAACGAAUUCAAGCUUAGCCUGCAUAUGCUGCAGGAUCAUCAGCAAACACCAGAGCAGCAGCAGCAGCAGCAGCAACUGGAGCAAUCCGAUGAGGCUUACGAGCUGCUGUCCUCGAUCAAAGUAAAGCUGGAGCGCGCAGACAGUCCCAAUGGCGCCGAGCAGCAGCAACAGCAACAGCAGCAGCUGCUGGACAUGCACAAUGGACACGGCAGCAACAGCGCCGAGCAACAUGAGCUUUGGCUGCAGGCAAUGGCACAGCAGCAGCAACAGCAACAGCAGCAGCAGCAACACAACGGCCUGCCUGGCAUGCCGCCUGCUUUUGCUUUUGGUCCCGAGGCAGCAGCACUGGGUUGGCCGCUUGGGUUGGGGUUGCCUGGACUGGAAGGACUCAAUCGCCCGCCGCUGCGCAUUUUCAAUCCCGAAGCUUAUUGCGAGCUAUGCAACAAAGAAUUCUGCAACAAAUAUUUUCUCAAAACGCACAAGGCCAACAAACAUGGCAUAUUCGAUCCUGUAAGCGACCAGGCGCGCCAACAACAACAACAACAACAUAGCAUAAACAACAACAAUAGCAGCAACAGCAACAUGCAGCAAGGCAGCAGCACAAACAACAACAACAGCGGCAGCAACAGCAAUCAUGCCACACUCUAUGCCACACUGCCACGUGAGCCGCCAGCAGCAAAGCCAGAGCCACAAUUGACACCGCCCGCGCCAGCAGCGCCCGCUGCUGUGCACUGCGACAUUUGCGCCAAACGCUUCACCAACAUUUUUGCCAUGCGUCGCCAUCGCGCCAAGCAACACGAGUCAGCCACGCCCAGCAGCAGCAGCAACAGCAACAACAGCAGCAGCAGCGAGUUGCCCACAGCACAACAAGAGUUAACUUUGGAGUCAGAGCUGAAGCCGUAUCAGCUGCCCGAAGGUUUUCGCGAGGACUUUACGCUCGAGCAGGAGGAGCUGCCAUUUGCGCCGCCGCCGCGCAAGUUGCCGUCGCAGCUGCAGCAGCAGGCCAGAGAUUGCCUCAGCUCCACUGAGAAGUUGCGUCGUCUGGGCAUACAGCAGCCCGAGGCUUAUUGCGAGCUGUGCGGCAAGGAAUAUGCGAAUCGCUACUUGCUGCGCACACACAAGUGGAAGCGACAUGGCGUGUUUGUGCCGCCAGCGCCAGAGCAGCAACAGUUGCUGCCAGGCAAAGAGGAAGCAGCAGCAGCAGCAGCUAUGCCGCCUGGCUGGCCAUUUAUGCCGCUGAAUUUGAUGCUGGCCAAGGCAGCAGCUGAGCAGGAGCAGCAGCAGCAGCUGCCGAUACAGCAGCUGGAGGAGGAUGCAGGCGUGCCCAGCAAGCGCAUUAAGCUGGAGCCGGGUGAGCAGUCGCCGCCAACAGAGAAGCUAGAGCCAAGCGCUGCCAUGGGCUUGGAGAAUCUACAGAAGCUGCAGUCGAUGCUGCAGCAGCUCAACGACUUCAAUGGCAAGCGACCGCUGCCCUGUCAUCUGUGUGGACGCGAGCUGGAGCAUCAAUAUGCGCUGCGUGCGCAUUUGCUAAGCGAGCAUGCGGCGCAGUUGCUGCCCGAGACGCAGUAUCAACAGCAACAGCCACCACAGCAACAGUUGCCGCUGAAGCUGUCGCCUGGCGGUUCGCCCACUGCGCUGACCACGCCCACGCGCACUUUGACGCCCAGCGAGCUGCGCUGCCUGCAGUGCGAGCGCGAGUUUGUCAGCCCACAGGAAUACAAGCAACAUAUCGCCGAGGUGCAUCCCGGCUACUAUACGCCGGAGCGUCCCAUUGUGCCGCCCGUGGUUGGUGGCGCUGGCGCCUCAGCGGCGCAGCGUGCCGCCUACACCAUCACGCCCACCUCGAGCUACUGCGAGAUCUGCAACAAGGAGCUGUGCAACAAGUAUUUCAUGAAGACGCACAUGCAACGCAUGCACGGCAUUGAGAUCGAGAAUGGCGCGCAGAUUGGCGGCGUCGUGUGCAACAUUUGCAACAAGGAGCUGUGCAGCAAAUAUUUUCUACGCGUGCACAAGCACAAUACGCAUGGAAUUAUAGAAGAAGGUUCGCCACUGCCGCAGCCACGUGGUCAAAAUGGCAUCAAACUUGAAGCGCAGCAGCAGCAGCAGCAGCAACAACAGCAGCAGCAGCAACAGUUGUCAGAGCCUGAGCCCGAUGCUGAGCUUUGUCCGCUGUGCGCGCGUCCUUGCCGCAGCUUCAAGUAUUUGCGCAAUCAUUUGUUGCAAGAACACGGCGCUGCUGGCGUUGAAAAGCUGCGCGAACUCGAGACACUGCCGCAGCAGCAAUCCACAAGCAACAACAACAGCAAGCCCAACAGUCCAACGCUCAAAAUACCCAACGGCAAUGCCACCGCCAACAAUCUGGCCCAGCUCUUUGCCAAGAACAUGCCGCCAGCUCUCAACCUGCCGCUGCCCAACAUGUUCGAGCAGCAGCCACGCUUCAAGGAAUACCAGUGCAGCUUGUGCCCCUUCAGCACGCCCUACUACGCAUUUCUGUUCAUACACGAGCGUUCGCAUGCGCUGCUCAAUGGCGAGACGCCAGCAGCAGCAGCAGAGCCGGACAACAAGAGCAGCAGCAGCAACAAGCAGCGACGCAGCGAGCAGCAGCAGCAGCUGCCCACCAAGACACGCACGCCCACGCCCACGAGCACGCCCUCGCCGCUUGCUGUUGCGCCACCAGCAGUGCACACGCCACCACAGCAACUGCAACACUCGCCCACAACAGCAGCAGCCACAGCCACAACAGCAGCCAAGCCCGGCACGCCCAACGGCAACCAGCAACGCUCCGCCGCCACCUCGCCCUUCGCCUCCAUCAGCGAGCUGGCCAAUGGCAGCGGCAAGCCCGCCAGCUACGCUCAACCCGACCAGGCCGAGCAGUCCUAUCAGCUCCAAGCCUUUCAUCUAACGCCCGCCGAUGCGGAUGCGGAGCAGCGCUUUGCCCCCGCCCUGGUCUAUCUGCCAGUGCGGCAACGCGCCACAGAGUCCAGCACGCUUAGCUUUAGGCUAACGCCAGCCUAAGCAACAGGUAUAUACAAUAUUAAUCAACAGCAACAACAACAACACGCCAGUGUUGCCAGCGUAUGUAAGUUUAAACUCUAAAGUUUUAUUUGGCUAAAACAUUUACCACAAAAAGGUCCAAAGAGCGCAAUGACAGCAGCAAAAUUAAUCCAAAAGGCAUAGCCCAAUCCGUUGAGAAAAAUGAAAUUUAAUUGCAUUUAAUUUGGCUUA